GGGAGACCAGCUGUCAGGCUUAUCAGUGACAACACUUAUACUCAUGGCCUCUUCAUUCUGGAUCUCAACCACAUGCCUUACGGUUGUGGAACAUGGCCAGCUUUCUGGCUGCUUGGACCAGAUUGGCCAUCUAAUGGCGAGAUAGAUAUCAUCGAAGGUGUACACACUAGCAUGACAAACACUAUCUCCAUGCACACAGAUGCAAAUUGCACUAUUGCUGGUUCUGGACAAAGCGGGUUAUUCACGAAUUCAAAUUGCGAUUCAGCGGCAAACGACAACUCUGGAUGUGGAAGCAUUGCAAACGAUACUGCUACGCCCAACAACUAUGGCAAAGGACUUAGUGAUAUUGGCGGUGGAGUCUACAUCACAGAGUGGACCUCGGCAUAUGUCCGUGUCUGGUUCUUUCCCCGGGAGCGCAUCCCUUCGAGUGUCACCGAUGGUUCUCCAGAUGUCUCGCAGUUCGGACUACCGAUGGCUAACUUCCAAGGCUCCUGUGACAUUGACAGCCAUUUUGCCAAUCACAGUAUCAUCAUCAAUACUGACUUUUGUGGUGCCUGGGCUGGAUUGGCGUAUUCAAGCUUUGGAGACUGUCCAUUGUCGCCUGGUAGGAACGGCUAUGACUCUUGCGUUGAUUAUGUGGGUAACUAUCCGCGGAAUUUCACCCAAGCGUACUGGGAGAUCAACUCAAUCAAGGUUUAUCAA